UGUUUUCAACUCUUUCUACUGAACAGUCGCUUCACAUCUCUCUCCGAAUCAAAACCGGUUUCUUUUCAGCGCCUGCGCAGUGCUCGUUCUAUCAGCCGGCAUUCGUAUAUUUUUGUUUGUGUUCCAAAAGCAGAGCAUUUCAAAUUACUCAAUUUACAGUCUCGAUGGCACCGCUACGUUGGGGAAUUGCUAGUGCAGGCAAAAUUUCGCACGAUUUUACCAAUGCACUAUCCACUUGGCCAAAAGAAUCCCAUCUGAUGGUCGCCGUAAGCGCACGCAAACUGGAUGAUGCCAAAAAGUUCGCUAAGUUACAUGGCAUCGAAAAGUACUACGAAGGCUACGAGGCAUUGGCCAAGGAUCCAAACGUUGACGUUGUUUACAUCGGAGCGAUCAACACGACGCAUUACGAGCUGGGACUUUUGAUGUUAAAUAAUGGAAAACACGUUUUGUGUGAGAAGCCACUUUGCAUGAAUGAAGGCCAAUCAAAGCGGCUGCUUGCUCAUGCUGCAGAAAAGAAAUUGUUCUUCAUGGAAGCAAUCUGGUCCAGAUUUUUUCCGGCGUAUAUUCAUUUGAAGAAUCGCAUCGAUGCCGGUGAUAUGGGCGAAAUAAAAGAGGUCGAUGUCGAGUUUGGUUUCGAGUUGUCUGAUGUGGAUAGACUUCGACUGAAAAGUCUGGGAGGUGGUACGGUACUUGACUUGGGUGUUUACACAAUUCAAGUCAGUCUGUGGGCCCUGCGCGCAGAACCAUCGAAAGUCAUCGCGAAAGGGCAACUCAAUGAAGAAGGCGUUGAUAUGGAAGUCGAAGCAGUGUUGCACUUUCCAAAUGGAGCAGUGGCAAAGAUUAAAACAAGUGCACUGAAACCCUUGAGAAACACGGCAAUCAUCCGUGGCACUAAAGGUUCGAUAACGCUGCACGAUUUCUGGAGCUCAACUGCACUGACAGAUAUUGAUGGAUCACGCAAGGAGUUCCCACUUCCCAAAGCUCGGCACGGUUUCAACUUCAUCAACAGUUGCGGUUUGCGAUACGAGGCAGAGGAAACGCGCCAGUGCAUUAACGCGGGUAAGCUGGAAUCCCUCUCGGUACCGCACAGUGAGAGUUUGCGCAUUGCCCGUAUACAGGACGAGAUAAGAAAACAAAUAGGCGUUCGGUUCCCAGAGGACGAACAGUUCAAAUCGUAAUCACCUGAUGGCCCGGAGACCGCCCGAGCAAAUGAGAUACAGAAUAUUUACAGGGAAGACAAAAUACGAUGGUGAUAGUGAUACAAUAUGGGAGUCACACAUCACGCAAUCAUUUGAGUGGAAUAAAUAUUUGAAUAAAAUUAUAUACAAUUGGUUGCCUGUUUACAUGUUCGAAAAGAAUGCAAUUGAUUGGAAAUUAUCGUGAUCGUGAAAAAUCGUAUUCAAUCCACCUUAGCAGUUUGAUAAUAACCUUCCUAGAAAUAAUGUUAAUAAAGCUACAAAGCAUUGUUUCUUUUCGUUUG